AUGAGUGGAAGGCUAGGAGUUCAAGGGGCCCUGAAUCGCCCAAGGACAUUAAACCCACUUCAGCAAGUCGCUUAUGAUGUGGGUUCAGAGGCCGUGACUGCUGUGAACAAUGCAGCCACUUGUAAACUGGAGAGGGAACUAAAAACGAUGCAGGAGGAAAAUUUGCAGCUAAGACGUGAGCUUCAUGAAUCAAGAAUGGCUCUGAAGCAGCUGUUCAGUGAAAGCUCACAUGAAAAGUUUGAUGAAAGACGGGUCAACCUUUUGAAAUUUCAGUUAAUUCAGCUAGAGAGACAGAUUGCCAUAUUGAAUGAAGCUCUCAGUUGUCGACAGGAGGCUGUGCUCGAGGUGGAGAACACAAUGGCUUGGCUAGCAGAUAGACUGCGAUCUUAUAUAGCGGCAGAAGUGAAGGGACCAGCAGUGCCCAUUGCUCGCAGCGACUUAACUUCCAUGACUGAAGUUGUAGAAUCAUCACGAAUUAAACUUUUCAAAGCAUUAGAGGGUUCAGAGAAAGAUGCAAUUGGGAAGGAUGUACUUUUCUUGAAUCAAUUUCUUGGCGGAAAGUAUAAGAAUGGGGAACCAUUGACUGUUCUGGAUAUUUCUCUACAGAGAAUGAAUUACAUCAAUUUAAGACAUGUAGCUCAGUUGGAAUCAAAGCUUUGCCAGCUCUACAAAGAACUGAUUGGAGUGAAUGAAUGUCUUUGUAAUGUAAAGCCCUUGUCCUUACUUGCCGGGCACAUCAACUGUGCGGAGAAAAAUAGAAUGGAAACCAUGUUGUUAAAAGCAUGUGUUGUGAUACAAGAUGUCAGCGAUGACCUGAUGGCUUUGUCUCUUCUUUGUCCGAGUGCACCAUGGCCAGUAUUGAAGCGACCAAUCAUCAAGCAGAUCCCAGCGGAGCGUGUCAUUGCAGCUUUACCAGCUCUGCCCCCGAGCAAGCAAGAGGAAGUAAAACACAUCAUUGAAGCAAGUAUACACACGUGCAAUCACCAUCAGUUCUUGCUAUCAAAACAACUGGCUGUGCUCAAAGAGGAAUUGGCUUUUCACCGAUCUGUCUACAGUAUUCAGAGUCAAUACGUACAGGACUUGUUUGAUGCUGUCAGAAAAGGUUAUGAGGAAUUUGAAGCAUCUCUGAAGUCGGUGGUUUGCUCGCCUCUGAAAGAAAUACUCGAUGCAUACCAGGUGUUGAAGAACUCAGCUUCUGAAGACGCUUUCAGAAAAUUCCUGCUGAUCAUAAAAGCAAAUGAAGAACAGCUAAUGUCUGUAGUGGAAACAUUCAGCAGUGAUAAUUGUAAGUCUGAUAACAAUGACUUUCAGGUUUUCUCAAAAUUUGGAGAAGAGUUUAUGGACAAGAUCAAUUCCUUAGUGAUAAAGUGUCAGCACGAGAGGGAUGCUGCAGCAAAAGAACAUAAAGAAGUGAAAGAAGAACAAGCCAAAAAAGACUUGGAGCUGCAGCGUUUAUUAGAAGAUCUUGAAAAUAAAUAUGCAAAAACAUGGAUUCCAGUAUCAAGUGGGGUAACUUCUGAAAACAAACUUUUGCUGAAUGAGAAGGAUGCUAUCAGCCAAAAGAGUGACAAACAUGUAUGUGUAUCAAGAGAAAAUUCAGCAAAAAGUAAAAGAAGUCUUAAAAAAGAUGAAGAUGUGAAAUUUGCAAACAUGGGUUUAGAUUCCAGAAGUGGAGAAGACGUCACUUGGUGUUGCUUGAAAGACAAAUGUCUUAGAGAAAGUAGUAACUUUAAAGAUCAGACAAAUGUGCAGAAAGAACCUAUAUAUGAGCAUUCACUGUCAGUCAGAGACGAUGCUAAGUAUUGUGCUCGUAAUAACAGAAAAACUGACAGUGUCAAUUGGAAGCCUGAUAAAGAAUGGAAUAAUGAUUUUACAGGGCUCUCUAACAAUACUGAAGAAUCUGCACUCUGUGAACCAGGUCCUUUAGAAGAGAAAACAUACAUGAAUAUUGGUCUUCCAAAGAAACAGCAUUGUAGAAAUGAUUCUCAGAAAACCAGUAGUACUGAACAAUCCACAGUAAAGUCAAGAAAAAGUAAACACAGACUAAAGAAAUCUUUGUCUUAUGAACCAAACCUGACUGUUGUUAACAGAAACCUAAAACUUAAAAAACCAGAAAGUCUUUCAAAAACUGGUUCAAGAGAUUUGGCAGAUGACAAUAGUUUAUCAUGA